UAGUAAUCAAUCAAGAUGUACGCCAACCACAUGAUAGUGACUCCACCCAAAAUCGAAGACCGAAAGUUUAAGAAGCCGUUGCUGUGUGGUCCUGGGCCGUGUGACGUUCACCCAUCAGUCUUCGAAGCUAUGCAGAAACCUGUCGUGUCUCCAGUUUGCGAUGAGCUAUUUAAUGUCUUCGAUGAGAUCCGUGCUGGUAUCCAAUACCUCUUUCAAACAAGAAGCAAAUUGGUGCUAGCCGUUAGUGGAUCAGGACACGCUGGUAUGGACACAAUCAUCUCGAACACUGUGGCCCCUGGGGAGACAUUGCUCAUAGCCACCAGAGGCAUAUGGGAUGAAAGAGCUCGUGACAUGGCAAACAGAUUCGGCAUUAGAACCGUAGCAAGAGAAAUCCCUGUGACUGAAACUUUCUCGCUAACCCAACUGGAAACAAUGUUGAAAGAUGUCAGACCUACAGCUCUCUUUAUUACCCAUGGGGACUCCUCGACAGGCAGCGUGCAAAACCUUGAAGGAGUUGGAAAACUAUGUCACAGAUAUGGAGCUCUGCUUCUAGUGGACACAGUGGUGUCCAUAGCAGGAAUCCCAUUCUUCAUGGAUGAGUGGGAAGUAGACGCAGUCUACUGUUCUACGCAAAAGGCUCUUUCCGGACCAGCUGGAAUUUCGCCUGUCGCUUUCAGUCCAAGAGCUGAGGCUAAAAUUACCAAUCGAACGCACAAACCUUCUUUCUACUUCGACAUAAAGAUGCUAGCGGACCAAUGGAGUUGCUAUGGACAAAGAAAGUACCACCACACUGUAAGUCCACCACUCGUCUGGGCGCUUCGGGCCUGCCUACAAGAAUUAUCCAAAGAGACUCUCCCAAAGGCCUGGGAUCGUCAUGCUGCCACAACUGCACAUUUCCACAAACGCCUUAGGGAAUAUGGAUUCAAUUUCCUAAUACCGAAGCCAGAAGACCGACUUGUCACUGUGACGACUGUCACUCUGCCUGCUGGAUACGAUUAUAUUGAGUUCACCAAGUACAUGAGAGCUAAACACAACAUCUUGAUAUUCCCGGGUCUAGGCCCAACAGUAGGCAAGGCUCUUCGCAUUGGAAUCAUGGGCAUAAACUCAACCAUCCAGGUCGCCGACGCCGUCGUUGAUGCCAUGGUCGACACCUUGAAGAAUCUCAAAAAGUCUUCCAUUUGAAUGUACAAGAAACGAUAUAAAAAACUGUAACACUUAUUUAAAUACUUGUAAGUUACUUCAGAAACGAUUGCGUUUGUAUUGACUUUAGAAAUCAAUGUCCUUAUUGUUUAUACAAUAAAUUUAUUAAAAAUUCCUCGU